AGUUGGAGUAUAUUGGUCAGCACAGAUUGUUGUAUUUGGAUAGCCAACAUGAAGCUUGCUAUCUUUUGUCUGUGGGCUACAUGUCCUCUGUUCUGCACAGGAAGUCAAUAUCUGGCCAUCAAUUAUGUAUACUGUGACACAGGCAAGAUGUACUUUUCAGUAAAUGCAAAUGACAAUCAGGUACUGCAUGUGGACUUUGAGGACAAGGUCGUUGUGGACACAUUACCAGAGUUUCUAAACAAUGUGACGUUGGAUGAAUAUUAUGGACUGGUAUAUGCAUAUGCUUAUAGACAAAUCAAGGCAUUUCAGAACAAUAUGGCACAUAUGGCAAGAGAGUUUGGUUAUCCUCCUGAGGCAAAAGAGCCACCAAUCAGUGCCGUGUAUUCCAGCAAGGAGGUGCUUUUGGGAUUUGAGAACACCCUCGUCUGUUACAUCACCAGGUUCUACCCUCCUCAGAUCACCAUAAGGUGGAUGAGGAACAACGAGAACGUGACACAAGGGGUGAGCUUAAGCCAGAUCUACAUAAAUAACGACGGUUCCUUCAACCAGUUCUCCACCCUGAAGUUCACCCCUAAGAAGGACGACGUGUACUUCUGCACGGUGGAGCAUUCAGCACUUGAUGAACCCCUGAGAAGAGAAUGGGAUGUCGAAGUGUCUGAGCCCAGUCUUGGUCCAUCGGUGUUCUGUGGAGUGGGUCUGACUGUGGGGCUGCUGGGAGUGGCUACCGGAACAUUCUUCUUCGUCAAGGGAAAAGAUAGCCGCAGGCAUCUAGGAGUAUAACAUUAUGACCUCAGAGUAGAGACAGAUGCAGUAAUCAAACUCAAAUUAUGAAACACAACCAGUCACUAAAUAUUUAUGUUUAUGGCAUUUGGCAGACACUUUACAGUUUACAACCACUACAUUACAUAGUUCAUAGUUACAUUGUAUUUUUUUUUUUUUUUCAAAUGUGUCAAAUAAAAACACCUGUACCAUCA